AUGGGUCUCUCGGACGUGCUGACGCAGCCGGCACUCGGCCAGGACAUCCAACUGGGGAUGCUGUACGAUGUGCGGACGUCGCACUUUUACGGGGGAGUGUCGCUGUGGGACAAUGCGAUUGUGAACGAGAAGCAGGCGCUGGACGAGCACCAGGUGCAGAACGCCGAGUUCAUCUACUCGUACUCGCUCGAGGAGGCGCGCAGGAACGCGGGUCUGGACGUGGAGGCGUCGCUGAGCCUGGAGCUCGAAGUGGUCAAGGUGUCUGGGUCGGCCAAGUACCUGAACACGAAGCAGACGAGCACGUACGAGACACGGAUUGACGCGUCAUGCGCGAUUGCACGGAGAACGCGGAGGAUCCCACAGGAGACGCUGUCGUCGAUGCAGCACACGCGGCACCUGGACGACCCACGGUUUACGCACUUUGUCGGUGAGGUGGUGGAGGGCGGGGCAGCGACACUGAGCUUUGUGCGCAACUGCGCGUCCAAGGAGGAGGCAACGGAAGUGACGGGCAAGCUCAAGGCGGAGAUCGUGGGGAUCCCGAUCGGUGGCGAGGCACAGAUCGACCACAAGAGCAAGAACGCGUCGACAUGGGAGGGCGUCAAGAUCUCAUACAGCGGGGCGAUGGCCGAGAGCGUGACGACGCUGGACGACGCACUGCGGGUGGCUCACGAGAUGCCGGAGAAGCUGAAGCGGCAGCUGAACACGAUCCAGUACAAGUUGCUGCCACUGUCGAUUGUGGACAGUAAGGUGAGCCAUCUGAUCCGGGACUUGGACGCGAACCUGGUCGAGAAGACGGCAGCAGCGCUCAAGGCCGGCGACAUGGUGCAGCUGCGGCUGCAGGACCUCGUGAACCAGGACCUGUUUGAGAAGCGGUUCCCGAUCAUCAAGCAGCAGAUCACCAACGUGCGGACGGCAUUUGCGCGCGUGCGCACCGACUUUAUCCAGGCGGCCCGCCGACUGCUGCCGCAACUACGCGACGGCACAACGGACGAGAGUGCAGCAGUCCAAAGUCUGGAGACGGCGGCGACGCUAUAUGAGCAGCGAACACGACUGGCACAGCAGUUUAUCGACCGCAAGAACGUCGAGGUGGGGGUGCUGCGAGCGACUAUCGCGUCGUUGCUGGCCGAAGGCUUUGAAGACCAUCUCAGCGGGCUGUCGAAGCAGUCGCUGACCGAGACGCAGGUUCCGCGACUGCUGCUUUCGCUCGGGGGCCCUUCGAUCAACCGGACACAUCACCCACUGCAGGCCAAGAUCGAGUCAACCAAGAUCGGCGCGGCCGACGACAGCUCGGAUGAGGACGACGACAGCGCAGACGAUGUAGACGACGCGGCUAAUGGCGACAACAGCAACGACAACGACGACGAUGACGGCGAGGCGGACGAGUGGUUCGACAGCCCGCAGACGGUCGCCAGUCUACGCAACGCCUGCGAGCUUCUGCGCCAGCAGCGCCAGCAGUGCGCGCUCGAGAAGACAGCACCGGCCGUCUUUGGACUCGCCGACAUCGACAAGGCCUAUCGGCCUGGCCGCAAGAAGCGCGUGCGCACAAAGGUCGGGGCCAUCGUGCUGGACUACAAGGCCAAACUGAUGAUCGUCACCGACAUGAUCCCGCGCGCGCCCGAGCCUCCAGUGCUGGCCAUUGCCGGCCAGACCAUCAACGUGUCCUGGGCCGCACGCAGCCGUCCAGACGCCGAGGCCGCCAUUCCCACCACCGGCUACACCGUGCGCUACCGAUCGCAGGCCAAUCCGCUCAAGGACGGGCCGCUAGUGCACGUGACCGAGAAGGAGCAAUACUGCGAGAUCUCGUGUGACAGCAAAGAAGCCACCAGUGCAGUCCUGGGUCCCCUGGCGGCCGACUGCGACUACAGCAUUCAGCUGCGCUGCCAGACCAUCAUUGGGCCGUCGGCCUGGAGUACACCCGUGGUCGGUCGCACGAUCAAGCUGACGUCGGUUGUGCCCGAGAUGAUCCGCUUUUUCCAGGAACACCAGGCCGAUCUGACUCUGCCGCGCAACGAGGCCGGACCCUGGGCGCUCAGCGAGGCCACCGGCCGCAGCACGCUCGUGCUCGGAAAGACGCCCACCCGGCGACUGGCCUGUACUGACAAGCGGUAUCGCAACCAGACGGCCCUGGCGGUCGUCGACGUGGCGCCCGAAUUCCGGCCCCAGAUUCCGGCGGCCGACAUCAACGAUCCUGACAAUACGAUCGUGGUCGUCUUUGUCGGCAGCCGCGGCCACGGCAAGAGCACCGAGAUCAAUGCGUUUGUGUCCUAUCUGCUGGGUGGCGAGCCCGACGACGCGGCGCGCGUGCUCGUCAUCGACGACAACAGCAACGGCAGCAGUCACAAUGGAAAGUGGGUCACGCAAAUAGUCACGUGCUACCGAAUUCGUCCGCUCUCGCCACUGUUCGAGGGCAAGACGUUGCUGGUGGUCGACACGCCCGGCUACGGCGACGCGCGUGGCGUCGAACGCGACGCCUUUGUCACGGCGGCCAUGUACGAGCUCUUCAAGGAGGUCAAGCACAUCAAUGCGGUCCUGCUGACGGUGCGGGCCGGCGAGAACCGCGCAUCGGUACUCGGCCCCGUCGCCACCUACGUCGGCUCGCUCUUCGCCAAGAACGUGCAGCGCUGUCUGCGGACCGUCUACACGUUCAGCGACGCCGGUGCGCCGCCUGCCCGCCGUGCCCUGCAGGAGCUGCUUCCACCGUGGCCGGUGGCCAGCGGCGAGGCCGAGGUGAACAACGCAGCCUUUGCCCUCGAACUGGACUCGGCCAACCGCGACAAGAUCCGCGACUGGUGGCCCAUGUCCGUGCGUGGCCAGCAGGACCUUAUGCGCAUGCUGCUGGGCAUGUCGCCUGUCUUCACGGCCGCGAGCGCGUCCGUGACCGUCAGCCGCCUCGCUUUCGAGGCCGAGUGCGCCUUUGUGGAGAAGAAGCUGAUCCGGACGGCCGGCGCUGCUCAGAGUGUCCUCUUCGGCCUCGACACGUUUGUCAGCGGCAGCAGCAGCGGCAGCAGCAGCGACAACGGCCGCCAAACCCUGCUCGCCGCCCUCGACGACUACCUCCGCACCCAGCAGGACCUCCCGACCGACAUCCAUGUGCUCGCCAGCCUGACCGAGGAGCUCUCCAGCACCGCCCUCCUCCACGACCCCAGCGCGCUCAUCAGCUACAUCGAGACGCUCAUCCAGGCUGCCCGUCUGCGCGGCGCUCCACCGGAGCAGCUCAUGCAGCUGACUGCUGCGCGCAAUGCCCUCGUCGUCGCCCGCGAGGUCAAGGACCGUGGCCGCGAGGCCGCCGCCUCUUCGCGCAUCCUGCUCGAUGCCCUCACCAUGCUACGCGACGACUUGGCCCGCCGCAUGGACCUGCCGUCUCAGGACCGUGGCCGUGAGGACGGACAGCCAUGCUCGCUCUACAAUGACCUGUACGCCAGGUUGCCGCCCGCCGUGCAGGAAAAGGCUCCCCACCCCCUCGAGCCCAAGACGCUGCUCUCCAGUGGCGCUCUUUAUCUGGAAAACCUGCGGGCCGUCGGGAAAUUGGUUCGCUUGAUGCUGAAGGAUAGCAGUAUACGCAAUCCGGCAGACAGAGAUACACGGCAUUUUGACAAGGAGUAG